UCCUGCACCUGCCCACCAGUGUUUUCCUCUCGUUUGGGAGCCCGGCCGCCUGGACCUGCUCUGCCUGGAUGCGUCACUUACCACAGUGGAGCUGCCUCAGUCCCACCUGUGCCACAGCAUGUCACGUUGCCCUCACCUGCAGAGCCAGACCUGACCUGGCAAACAAACAGUGCCAAGGCCUCAACUCAGGGAAUCAUUCACAGCCUGAGGAGCCUCAGGGACCACAGCACUCUGCCCCCAGCUAACCUGCAAGAUGUGGACAGCUCUCAUAUUUUUGCAUUUUUGCUUUGUCCUUAUCUGGAAGCCAGACACAAGUCGCCAAUCCCCACAUGUGUGUGGCAGGCCCCAAUCACAGCUGUCCCUGGGUUUCCUUCUCUCAGCUCGCCUCAUGCACCAGUGUCAAGUACCAAUGCAUCUCCAAGAACAAUAGCAAGGGCGACGUUGGCCACGAUUGCCCAUACUGCUUCUGUGGAGCUCCUCCAGCAUCCUCAGUUCCUCAGCACACACACUCACUCCACGGGAACUCUGCAUCCUCUGUGGAUCCCCAGGGAUAAGGUCCCUCCAGUCGGGUCAGUUGCCCAGCCAGAGUUUAGCACUCCAGGUAGGUUUACAUCUCCCCCCUCAAACACCACUCCAGAGGCCACCACUGUCCCUUAUAUGGCUUUGAUGUCUUCCACAUCAGUGGCCACAAUCCAGGCACAAGCUAAGGAGCCAACCACCAGCACAGUGCCAGUGCCUUCUGCCAAUCCGACCCCUGAGGUGGAAGCCACAUCCCCCAAAACACUUGUCAAAUACCCAUGGAACUGGAAGGCCAACCACUCCCCCAGACAUCAGAGCAGGUGGAGACUAAAGACACAUCUGGAACUGGCUCUGAUGUAUGAUACCGCCAGGAAUCUGGUGCAGAGACCUGACUGCCAGUACCUACUAGUCACUACUGAGAGCGUGUCCCCAUCCUCAGUGAUCAAAACAUCCCUUGUUUUGAUGCUUAUAGUUGGGGUGACUUUUGUCAUCAUCUUGGUUUGGUUUACCCUGCAAGCCUACAAGAGCUACAAGAAGCAGGAUUACACACAGGUGGUUUAUCUAAUCAAUGGAAGGUAUGCAGACUUUUAGACAUGAGUGUAGGCUGGGACUGGCUUGGAACCACCACAGUUUGGGGCAAGUCCAGCCUCUUCCUCUGCCUUCUGUUUUGCCUCUGAGACCCAACCAAAAGCUUCCAGAUCCUUUUGGUGCAAUUUUGGAGAUAUGCAAGAUGCUUAGACACAUUUAACCACUGUCAGAUUAAUUCCAUGGUUACAAAAGAGUUGCUACUGUUUUAUAUUUAUUUUUGUAAACUAUCAUGAGCCAAGAGCAUAUGAGAAUUCUGCUGUGGGAUGGGUGGGGUGGGCACAAGUCCUGGACCACGUGUCCCACAGUGUGUCAGAAUUAGAGUAAUGGCUGCUCUCCACUUAAAAAAUUAUAAAGAACAGAAAAUAUAACUGUUAUCUCAGGGCAUCCAGUGGCACAGUUUAUAAAAAUGACUACCUCUCUCUUGUGGACAGAUAUAAUAUUGUUCUGCAUUUACAACAGAGUAUGCUGUCAGGUAUUGAUAUGCAUUUACUUCCAUUUUGCUAUGGAGUUUUAAUAUCUAAAUUUGUAAGAUUUAAAAAAUAUAUAACCAUUGGGAAGCUUUUCCUUUUCCAUUUACAGUUUUUAUUUUCUGUAGCUUGAGAGAGAACUUCAUUGUUACUGCCUCAAUGAAACUAAUUGUGAGGUAAAUCCUUGGUCAGGUGGCUGGAGAUAUGAAUGGGGAAGUGGCUAGAUCUCUCUUUUUUAAAAAUUUUAUUUAAGGAGAAAAAGAAAAAAAAACCAAAAAGGAUACAAGUUAUACAGAAUUUCAGAAAAAAUAAACAAUAGGAAAUCACUAGUUAAUAGAUUACAUAUUGUUAUCUUAGAAAAAGUUGUUCAAGUUACAAAAUCAAAGCAUAUAAAGUGGACUUUAAAACAGUGAGACUGCAAACAGUUUUGUUCAAUGAUCCAACAAAACUCAGUAAUAUGGUUAUCUAUCUCAUACACUUAAAUAUAUAUGCAGUUAUAUCCUUUAGAGCACUUUCUUUUCUUUUCUUUUGUACAAUGACAAUUACACAUUUUGGGUUUUAUUACUCCCACAGUUCUUAUUACUUUUUUUGAAGAGAGUAAAACCAAAUGUGACAUAACAGAACAGAGUCAGUCAAAUCAAAAGGAUGGACAAAAUAGAUAAUGUAAAAACAAAAUACAAGGUGAUCAACAAUGGUUACCAUACUGCCUCUUGCUAUUUUAAGAAGAACUGCCUAUAUUAUCAGUUAUAAUAAAAUUGAACAAAACAGUAAAGAAUAAAACCAAAACAUUGGAGACAUUACAGGACUUUAAAAGAAGAUAAUAGCCAGAAUGGGCAUCAUAAUGAAUCUUGUUGUCUUCACAGUUAUUGCCUAUACUUUUGAACUUGGUACUAUCAAGCAAAGCAGAAUAGGGGAAAAUCAGUCAAAACAAGAUGGUGAGGGUUAUACAGGGUUUCAAAUCAAGUUAAUAGGAAAUCAAAAUGGGUUACUCUAAUGUAUCCUGCUAUUUUUAUUUAUUUUUCCCUUAAUUAAAAAGAUAAAAAUAAAAAAGUAAAUAAAAAAGGAGAUUGAGAUAAAAGAGGGCAUAACAACCAAACAGCGCAGGUCAAAACAUAACCAUUUAAGCAAAAUAGUGUUUCACCACAAGAUAUCCUGACGUAAAAUAGUUACCAUAGUGUCUCUUUCCUUGAAAUCUUUCGAGUAUAACUUCGUAUACUGUAGCACCAAACAUAUCAAGAAAAUGUAAAACCAUUCAAGAGAAUGCCAGUAUCACAUGGUAUUUAGAACCAACUAACUUUUGCAAGUUGUUGUUAUUGGUUUCCACCGUGUGUUGGCUGGCUGGUGUCCUGGUAGAAGAACACGUCCCCAUAUGUGAUGUGGUGAUGAUGCAGAGGAGUCUGUGUAGGUUUUACCAGCUGUGUAACUUUGUCUACAGACACAUCCCGCAGUCAGAAUCAGCAGGCCUUGGAAAUCAUUUUCCAAAUCGAGGCUUCAUUUAUGGUGGGGUCUGUCAUAUGGAAGAUACCUGAUGAGUGAAGCAAUGACUGACCAAUGCAAUGUUUCUGGGAGUCAGAAGAGGCUGUUUAUACUUCAAGAUGAAAGUGGGAAAGGAAAUCAGCAAAAUGAGCAAAGGCUUUCAAGAAAAGGUCAGAUUUAAAUUAUGACAAAGCGCUAAGCUUUGGAGGUGUGCCGCUGGUGCCAGCAAAUAUUAGGGAAGCAAAUAUUAGGAAGAAUGAUAGGAUGGAAAUCAUCAGCAUCCCUCCACAUGAGAGCAGUUAGACUGAAAGAAGGUUUCUGAAAAGGAGGAAGUAGGGAGUGGUUCAAAGAUGGUUUGGGGGCAGUCUUGGAAAGCCUAAUUCAUAGCUAAGUGCAGGGCAUUUGAACCCUUCUCUAAAGGAAGGUAGUGUUGGCUUUUUCUCUAUAAAAACUUUUUAAUGAGAUGAAGUUACAUAAGCCACUUUAAGCACAGUGGCAUUUAGUACACUGAGUGAUUUUUAAGUAGGAGAGUGACUUGAUCAGCAGUGUGACUCACAGUGUACUGUGCAGCAGUCCAGAGGUGGAUUGGAGAUGGACUGAGAAGGGGAGAGAAAGCAUGAUUGGGAAACCACUGUUAGAAUCUAGGCUGCAGUGGUGUAAAAGAGGGAAGUAACAGUAAGGAUGGAGAGAAGGGGACAGGGGAAAGUUGAUGGAGAAAGAUUCCAAAGAGUAGAUAGAUGGUGAGGUAGAAAAGGAAGGAAGAGGAGGGAGAGGAGAGGUCAUCCAGGAAUGAAGACUGUGGACUUGGAAACCAUCUGUGUAAAAAUCAUAGGUAAAGCUUGAAGAUUGAGGAAGGUUAACAAAGAUACCAAUGUAGACAGAUAAAGGGCGUAAAGUAUAUAUGGUUUGGGAAGACUUAAACUUUCAGGGAUGAAACGAAGGGAAAUAUUUUCAAUGUAUAAUAUAUGAGUGUUUAGAAAAAUUGAACUAGAAGAGUUUGUAAGACAGAAGAUUGGAGAAAAUAUAAGAAUCUGAUCAAAUACUGAAGGAAGGGGCUGGGGAUUUAGCUCACUGGCAUUAGUGCCUGUCUGGCAAGUGUGAGGUCACAUUAAGUCACCAGCACCAAAAAAAACCCCAAAAAGAAAAAAAAAAAAAAACCGAAGGAAGAUUGAAAAUCUUAAAAACUUGAGGGAGGCUAUUAAUUUUGAUAACAAAAAUGUUGGUCAUUUAAAAGAGUUACAGAACUUUGUAAGAAAGAAGUAGGCCAAGAAUUUUGUCACUGAAAGGGAGAGAGACAGAAGAGCCAUUAACCUCACAGGAAGAGCUUUAGGUUCUAGGAGAAGGAAAGACUAAAGAGGGGGAAGGGUUCAGGGAAGAAAGGAAUAGUGAGCUGGAGGAUCCAAGAAAGGGAAGAUUGGAAGGAGCAAAAUCACUGAAUAUUUGGAAUAAGGGAAUGAAGUCAUAAAUUUGUGACAACAAAAGCAAGAAUUGCUAUAUAAAGAAAUAAUUGGAGAAUAUAAAAUUGGAUCUAAAAAAUUGAGAGCUUGUUGUUACUGACUUUGUUUCAGUAGAGUAAGGAAUUGAUUACUUUAUAGGUGAAGUGCAGGAGCUGGGAGCAGGGGUACAGGGUGAGUAGGUGGAAGCGGGAGUUGAGGGUCUGGUGUCAUAGAUGGGAAGAAGGGGUCGAGAGCACAAACGAUCUUGUGAUAAAUACUUCAUGCAUUUGCAAUAGUGACAUCAUCUGCCUCCCCCAUCCCCACUGCGAGUUUGGAAUGUGUUGAUGUGACGGAAUGUGAGAAUCAAGAAAUUUUAGAGUAUCAUUGAGAAGAUAAAUGAAUCUGGUAGCCUAUUGAUCUUUUCUAUUUAAGUAACAUAGAAUUUUGCCUGUAUGUGUAAUUUUCAGAAAGAAAUACCUUGUGCUAGCAUAGCUGACCGAGACAGUUUCUGGUAUGUAUUUCUCAUAAUUAAUGAGGCCCUAGCAGAGACACAUCUGUUUGGAGUUUGGAGAGGUUUUAACUUUAAUUUCAGAGUAUUAGAUAGGAAGUAUCAGUCUAGGGCUGACAGCACUUGCCUGGUAUGCACGAGGCCCUGAGGUCCCAGCAUUUCCAAAAUUAAAAAUUUUUUUUCUCUGAAUACUCAGUGAGUAAACUACUUAAAUUUGUAGGCCACAUACUGAUUCUUCAUGUUUUUUUUCUUUGUUUACUGUCACAAUCUUUUUAAGAACAUUAAAGGCCAUUUUUAGCUGAGAGGCAGUGGCAUAACAGAUCAUGGCCUAUGGUUUGCCUAUCUUGAUAUAGAAAAAGAAAACAGAAUUGUGUGAAAUGAGCCCAUGGUCAGAUGUAUAUGGGGAAAGAACUAGAGAUGUAUGCCUGGGAAUUUCAGUAUUGCAAUUUUUAAUUGAAUUUGGAUUUAUUUUGUUAGCCAAACUGAGUAAUUUUUAAUUUUUUUAAAUUAUAAAGUUGGUGGUUUGUUAAACAACUUGGGACUACCAUAAAAAAUAUAGUUACAAAAUCAUGGAGAGAAAUAGGACUUCUUAAAUAGUGAAAUAAACUCAUUUCUCUAUGACAGUGAGGAGAGGAUACUUGGAAAACUACCAGAAUCAGUGUUUCCAAGACUCUGGAGGUUAACUCAAAGCUUACAGCAAUGUAAGGAACAUAAAUUGAACAAAAGAUGCAGAACCCUCCUAAAGAACCAUGGGGUUUGUGAUGUUUUAUCUUUUUCUAUCUCCGUUUCCACUUCCCAGCCUGUGCUGUCUUUGGAAACAAGUAGCUUUCCAGUGAUGGAGGGAUGGACUGAGCUUGGAACUCUUCAGAAGGCCCCACACCAAGGGCAGUGUCCCAUGGAUCUGUCUCAUGGUUCCCUAUAGCCUCAGUCAUGAAGUGUGUGCUGGGCCAUCUCUCGUGCCUGGGUCUGGGAGCUCAGGAGAGCUGACAGUUCUUCAGGGAGGUGUAGGUGGGGAUUUCAGGUGUGCUGGUGAGGAAGAGCUUUGCUACCUUUAACCAUAUUCUUUUUUUUAGUUAGAGAAAAAAAGAAAAACAGAAAAAAGAGUAGAAAUAAUACAGAAUUUCAAUAAAAACAGUAAGAAAUCACUAGUUGAUAAGUUAUAUAUUGUUAUCUUAGAAGUACUUGCUCGUCACAAAAUCAAAGUAUAAAAAUUGGACAGUCAAUCACAGUAUAAAACAUUCUGCUUGAUAAACUAACAAAAACUUAGUACUACGGUUAUCUAUCUUGCAUACUUAAACAUACUUAUACUUAUAUCCUUUAGAGCACUUUCCCUUUCAUUAUCACAAUAUCUAUUGUACAUUUUGGAUCUUAUUACUCUUUCAGUUUAUUAUUUUUUUAUACUAGAGAGAUAAUACAAUAUUUCUAAAUAUGAAUCUGAUUUAUUUUACUUAUGGGGAUAGUCUCAAGUUGCCUCCAUUUACCUAUAAAAGCCUCAAGAUUAUCCUUCUAUAUAGCUGAGUAAUAUGCUAUUGUAUAAAAAUACCACAUCUUUUUCAUCCAUUCUCUGUUUGAUGGGCAUUUCGAUUGUUUCCAAGAUUUAGCUAUUACAAAUUGCACUGCUAUACGCAUGGGGGCAUAUAUAUUGCUGAGACAUGACCUUUUCAAUUAGUGGGAAAAUGCACAGGAGGGGAGUAGCUGGAUUGAAUGGAACUUAUAAUCCUUUUGAGGUUCCUUUAAUUCCUUUUGAGGAAUCUUCAUACUGAUUUCCAGGGUGGCUGCACCAGCCUACACUCCCACCAACAGUGUAGGAAUGUUUUUUUUUCUCCACAGCCUCACCAACAUUUGUUAUGAAUUGAUUUCUUGAGGGCAGCCAUUCUUUCUAAAGUGAGAUGAAAUCUCAAUGCUGUUUUAAUUUGCAUUUCUGAAAUGACCAGUGAUGGUGGACAUUCUCCAUGUAUUUAUUUGUCCCUCGUAUAUCUUCAUCUCAGAAAUGUGUGUUCAUCUCUGAUGCCCAUUUGGAGAAGGUCUUUGAAUUUGAGGGGUUUGAUGUUUUUCAAUUCUUUAUAUGUUCUGGAUCCAAAUCCUUUGUCUCAGUGGCUGCUGGCUAAAAUUCUUUCCCAUUCUGUGGGGUUUUGUUUCACUUUGUUGGUGACUUCUUUUAAAGUACAAAACGUUUUGAAUAGCGUGAGAUCCCAGUUGUUGAUUCUUUGAAGUACUUCCUGUGUUUUGUGUUUUGUUCAUGAAUUCUUUGGCUACCCUUAUGUCUCCAAGAUUUCUACCUACCUUGUCUUCAAGUAGAUAAAGUGUUUCUAUUUUAGUGUUUAGAUUUUUGAUCCAUUUUGACUUUAGUUUUGUGCAUGGUGAUAGGUGUGGGUCUAGUUUUUGUCUUUGGCAUGUGGAAAGCCAGUUUUCAACACCAUUUAUUAAAGAGGCUAUCCUUCUUCCAGUGAACAUUGUUAGCCCCUUUAUCAAAUAUAAGGUAGCUGAGUCUUUGGAGUUGUGUUUGCAUCUUCUAAUCUGUUCCAUUGAUUCUCAGGGCUUAUUUCUUUGCCAGUAUCAUGCUGAUUUUAUCACUGCAGCUUGUAGUAUAAUUUCAAGUCAGGGAUAGAUAGGUAUGAUUCCUGCCUUUCUUCCAUACCCAGGAUUGCCUUUGCUAUUCAAGGGCUCUUCUGUUUCCAAAUGAGCUUUAGAAAUGUUUUGUAUAGCUCUGUGUGGUAUGUUAAUGGUACUUUGAUUGGUAUUGCAUUAAAUGUGUAUAACAGUUUUGGAAGUAUGGCCACUUUCAAAAUGUUGAUUCUUCUCAACUAAAAGCAAAGAAUAUCUUUCCAUUUUCUGACAUCCUCUUCAAUCUCCUUUUUUAGAGUACUAUAGUUUUUAAUGUAUAGGUCUUUUACAUCCUUUGUUAGGUUGAUUCCUACAUGUUUCAUUUUUUAGAUACUGUUGUGAAAUUAUUUCCAUAAUUUCUUAGUGAAUUUUCCGUUUGUAUACAGGAAUGCUAUUGAGUUUUGAGUGUUGACCUUAUAUCCAGCUACAUUGCUGAAUUUGCUUAUUAACUCUAAUAGUCUUUUGGUGGAGUUUUUGGGGUGUUCUAUGUAGAGUAUCAUGUCACCUGUAAACAGUGAUAAUUUAACUUCUUCCAUUUCUAUUCUCACCCCUUUUAUUUCUCUUUUCUGUCUAAUUUCUCUUGCUGUUUCCAGAGCUAUAUUACAUAAGAGUGGUGAUAGUGGACAUCCUUGUCUAGUUCCUGAUUUUAGAGUGAAAGAUUUCAGUUUUUGUACAUUUCAUAUGAUGUUGGCUGUUGGCUUUUCAUAGAUGGCUUUUAUCAGAUUGACCUAGAGACCAUCUAUUUUGAUCUUCUGUAGAGAUUUUAUCAUGAAAAAGUGUUGGACUGUAUCAAAAGCUUUUUUUUCAUCUGUUAAGAUGAUCAUGUGUUUUUUGUUUUUGGCUCUGUUGAUCUGGUGUAUUACAUUUAUUGAUUUGCAUAUGUUAAACCAUCCUUGCAUUCCUGGGAUAAAUUCCACUGGUCAUGGUCUAUAAUUUUCUUGAUGAUUUUGCUGCAUUCCAUUUGCUCAUAUUUUAUUGAGAAUUUUUUGCAUUUGAUGUUCAUUAGGGGAAUUGGCCUAUAACUCUCCUUUUUGGUUUAGUCUUUCUUUGAUUUUGGUAUCAGAGUAAUACUUGCCUCCACGAAUGAGUUAGGGAGAAUUGCUUCCUUUUCAAUUUCAUUAAAGACUUCAAGGAUUUUUGGAAUAAAAUCUUCUCUAAAUUUCUUCCAGAAUUUAGCUCUGAAUCCAACAGGACCUGGGCUUUUCUUUGUUAGUAAGUUUUUAAUUAUGUUUUCAAUUUUAGUAACUGAUAUUGGAUCAUUCAAAAUUUUUAUAUCUUCUUGAUUCAGCUUUGGUAAUUUACAUGUUUCUAGGAAUCUGUCCAUUUCUCUGUGCUUUCCACCUUAUGUAAGUAAAGAUUUUCAAAGUAGGGACAGGGAUUUAGCUCAAUGAUGUAAGUGCCUGCCUGGCAAGCGUGAGGUGGUGAGUUCGAUCCUGGUACCAAAAAGAAAAAAAAAAGAUUUUCAAAAUAGAUAUUCAUGAUCUUCUGAAUAGCCAGAAGAUCUAUAUUAAUUUCACCCUUUUCAUUCCUUAUUGCGCAAGUCUGGGUUUUUUCUUUCUUUUCCUCAAUAAGGUUGACUAGGUGUUUAUCAAUUUAGUUUGCUCUUUCAAAGAACCUACUCUUCAUUAAUUCUUUGUGUUGUUUUCUUAGUCUCAGUUGUAUUAAUUUCUGCUCUAAUCUUCAUAAUUUUCUCCCUUCUAUGAGCUUUUGUCUUUCCUUGCUCUUCUUGAUUAUGUGUUUUUUGUUUUUGGCUCUGUUGAAGUGGUGUAUUACAUUUAUUGAUUUGCAUAUGUUAAACUAUUCCUGGAAUAAAUCCCACUUGGUUGAGAUGUAUAAUCUUCUUGAUGAUUUGCUGUAUUCUAUUUGCCAGUAUUUUACUGAGAAUUUUUGCAUCGAUGUCCAUUAGGGAAAUUGACCUAUAGUUCUCCUUUGUGGUUGGGUCUGUCUCUGCUUUUGGUAUCAGAGUAAUACUUGCUUCCAGGAAUGAGUUAGGGAGGAUUGCUUCCCUUUCAAUUUCAUAGAAGAGCUUAAGCAGUAUUGGCAUCAAACCUUCCCUAAAUUUCUUGUAGAAUUCAGUCAUGAAUCCAUCAGGACCUGGGCUUCUCUUUGUUGGUAAGUUUUUAAUCAUGUUUUCAAUUUCAGUAGCUGUUACUGGGUUAUUCAAAAUUGUUAUAUCUUCUUGAUUGAGCUUUGGUGAUUCAUAUGUUUCUAGAAAUCUGUCCAUUUCCUCUGUGUUUUCACCCUAUGUGACUAGAUUUUCAAAAUAGGUAUUCAUGAUCUUUUGAAUUUGCAUGGGAUCUGUACUGAUUUCUCUAUUUUAAGUCUUUUUUUGUGUGGAUUUGAGUUUUAUUUUUUUCUUAAUAAGGUUGGCUAGAGGUUUAUCAAUUUUGUUUAUUCUCU